UCAAUGGUUUUACCUAGAAUCAUGGCAUGCUGCUUAAUAGAAUCUCCUUACUUCUUAUGGCCCAAUUGUUGCUUGCUUAGCAAUUUGCCUUUAUUUGUUAGAUUGAGUCAUUGAGAUUCCUUUAGUUCUACUAUACUGUCUAUGCCUAUUGUAUUUUCUGUCCACUCAAAUUCUAUCUCUUCUCCGGAUGGUAAGUAACAGAAGCUGAAGAGGCUUACAGAAGAGGAUCAAAUAGAGAAGCCAUUUCAGCAUAAACAAAUGAAGAUCAGAUUCCCUGAGCGUGGAAGGAGUGGCAGAUCUGUUGUUACCAUUAGGAAUCUGGAAUUUGGUUUCGAGGAAAAGUUGCUAUUUAAUGGGGCUAAUCUGACAAUUCAAAGGGGAGAGAAAAUUGCCAUUAUUGGUCCAAAUGGCUGUGGAAAGAGUACUUUACUAAAGCUGAUUUUGGGGUUAGAGAGGCCUAGAAGUGGUGAAGUACUGCUCGGAGAACAUAAUGUUCUGCCAAAUUACUUUGAACAGAAUCAGGCUGAGGCUCUUGAUUUGGACAAAACAGUGCUUCAGACAGUGGAAGAAGUUGCAGACGAUUGGAGACUUGAUGAUAUAAAGAACUCCUUGGGUGUUGCAAUUUCAGAGCUGACAUGCUUGACAGAAGGGUUUCCCUUUUGAGUGGUGGUGAGAAGGCGCGCCUUGCAUUCUGCAAAUUCAUGGUAAAACCUUCAAUCCUACUAGUUUUGGAUGAACCAACUAAUCACUUGGAUAUACCUUCAAAGGAGAUGCUUGAGGAAGCAAUACUGGAGUACAAGGGCACUGUUAUAACUGUUUCUCAUGAUCGAUACUUUAUUAGGCAGAUAGUUAAUAGAGUAGUGCAAGUUAAGGAUGGCAAUUUGCAAGACUACGUUGGUGAUUACAAUUACUAUCUAGAGAAGAACCUUCAGGCACGCAAGAGGGAGCUUGAGCGUGAAACUGAACUUGAAGACAAGGCUCCCAAAGUUAAAGCCAAAUCCAAGAUGUCAAAGGCUGAGAAGGAAGCUCGGAAGAAACAGAAAAUGCAGGCCUUUCAUUCAGCAAAGCAGAAGUCAAAGGGGCUGAAGAAUGCUAAGAGAUGGAAAUGAGUGAUGCACAAUCUAUACGUUCUUCAAUCAUCAAUGGAAAUCAUCCAUUCUUAAGGCUGAUUUUACCAUGUAAAGAGCCAGUAUGGUGAAUUGACCGUCAGCAUGUAAACAGAAAUACAGUUUUCAUCAAUAUAGAUAUGUGCAAUUU